GAUACACAUCCCUCUUGACUUUUUUCUGUUUCCGACGUCACCCGUGCCAGUCAGAUCGAUCUAUCAUCAUCGUCGUCGAUGGACGAUGCGGCGCCGCCGGCCAGGGACUGGUCGCUGCUGCCCCUUGACGUUCUCUCCUCGAUCUUCACCAGGCUCGGCGCCGUCGACGUCCUGACGGGCGCGGGCCUCGUGUGCCGCUCGUGGCUCGAGGCGGCCAGGUUGCCAGACGUGUGGCGAGUAGUGGAGAUCGAUAUCCACGGGAUGCUGCUCCCCAAGAAACUAGUUGCCCUGCACGCAAUGGCGAAGACUGCCGUCGAACGCUCCGACGGACAGCUCCGGGUGUUCGCCGGGGAGCACGUCAUCACCGAUGAUCUCAUGAAGUUCAUCGUGGAGAGGUCGCCCUCACUGACAACCCUUCGGCUUGUAUCCUACAGCCACGUCUUCACCCAACAAGUCGCCAGUGCUAUAAAAGAGUCGCCUCUGCUGGAGCUGCGUUCCCUUGAACUCGGCGACAUUGACAUCACCGUGGGAGAACUGACCAGCAUCCUUGAGGACUGUCCUGCUCUGGAGGUUCUUCGGCUGCACAAUUGUUUGGACAUCAACGACAACCAUACCCUGCAAGCGAAGUUCCCCAGGAUCAAGAACCUGACGCUCGAGUGGGAUGAUGCGUACUGGUCCCGUUUUUAUACAGAUGGCUCUUACAGCGACUCUGCUCCUGAUUCUGAAGAUGAGUGGACAGAUGGUUCAAUGUGAUCUGAAUAUACUGUGAUCCUUAUGAUCGGCACCUUAUUCAGCGUGCAUCCUGAUGUUUGUGACAGAGCUUCCAGAUGCAUUUUACUCUCAUAUAUUGGUUAUAAAUUAUAAUAACAUCUUAAA